AUGGAUAAUGGAGACUGGGGCUAUAUGAUGACUGACCCAGUCACGUUAAAUGUAGGUGGACACUUGUAUACCACGUCUCUCACUACAUUGACGCGUUACCCGGAUUCUAUGCUUGGAGCUAUGUUUGGGGGGGACUUCCCCACAGCUCGGGACCCUCAAGGCAAUUACUUCAUUGACCGAGACGGACCUCUUUUCCGAUACGUCCUCAAUUUCUUAAGAACUUCAGAGUUGACCUUACCCCUGGAUUUUAAGGAAUUUGAUCUGCUUCGGAAAGAAGCAGAUUUUUAUCAGAUUGAGCCCCUGAUUCAGUGUCUCAAUGACCCUAAGCCUUUGUAUCCUAUGGAUACUUUUGAAGAAGUUGUGGAGUUAUCUAGUACUCGGAAGCUUUCUAAGUACUCCAAUCCAGUAGCUGUCAUCAUAACUCAAUUAACCAUCACCACCAAGGUCCAUUCCUUACUAGAAGGUAUCUCAAACUAUUUUACGAAGUGGAAUAAGCACAUGAUGGACACCAGAGAUUGCCAGGUUUCCUUUACUUUUGGACCCUGUGAUUAUCACCAGGAAGUUUCUCUCCGGGUCCAUCUGAUGGAAUACAUCACAAAACAAGGUUUCACGAUCCGCAACACCCGAGUGCAUCACAUGAGUGAGCGGGCCAAUGAGAACACAGUGGAGCACAACUGGACUUUCUGUCGGCUGGCCCGGAAGACCGAUGACUGA